AUGGAGGAGGAAGCCAAGAAGGUGAAGGACGCCGCAGGCGUCUGCUGCUGCAACUGCAGGCAGAAGCUGAAUCCCCGCCAGCUGUUCGAGGACAACCUGGAGGACAUCGCCAAGAGCCUGGCGCAGAUAAUGCUGAUCUGCGGCAUCCACGCCACGAAGUGCGGCCAGGCGAGGUCCAUCAUCAAGCGGGCCUUCGUGUACUACGAGAAGAUGAGGACCCAGUGCAGCCCGAGUGCGGCGCCGGGGUCGCGUCUCAAUCGGAGCGACAUGCUGCAGGCGCUGCGCAUCAAGUGCCAGAUGGAGCGCGUGGAGGCCAUGCUGUCGUACUCGAUCGUCAAGCGGGCGUUCAAGGCGUUCUUCCACGGGAAGCCGCCGGCGUCGAUCAGCAAUCCCUUCGGGGAUGCCAUGGCCAUUCACAACCAGCAGCGGGCAUGGAUGCAUGCCGCCUACAAGACCUCCAAGAUCUUCGAAAUCUACCAGCCGGCCUUCUUCUGGGCGCACAAGUUCUACGAGCGGGAGAUCGGCGCGGUCUACGAGGCGCUCUACAGCCGCAUGAGUGCCCGCUGCAACCCGAUGCAGGUGCCGCUGUGCACCUGUCGUGGCUGCUCCAAGCAGGUGGUGCCCGGCGACCCAAGGCCCCCCGACAGACGGGUGCUCAGGAAGCUCGCCCUCAAGGACGAUUGCGAUCUGCCCAAGGCCUGUAUUCUGUGCGGCCUGCAGCUGCCCAGCCGAACGGUGCAGCUGCCACGUCCCGUGCGCAACGCAGAGGUGAAUCUGCCGCGCUGCGACAAGUGCAACAGCCCGUUCUUGAUCUGUGAGUGCAACAUCGACCAGCUGACGGGCGAGGAGUACGGGGAAUGCGGCCAGGACUCGUACAAGGUGAAGUGGUACCGCCUGGAGGAUGAGCAGCCGCAGCCGAAGCCCAAGCCCAAGUCCCAGCGACCGCCGUGUGCAGGAGACACGCUUCCAGAGGACGAGGACGGAGACGAGGACAGCAGCACGGCAGCAGCGUCCACCGAGGAUUGGGAGAACCAUCACUGCCCCGUGGACUGCAGGCACAACAGCUGCAGUGGCUCCUCGGAUGUGUGCCCCGGCGACGUUGGAUCCUCGAACGUCUGCGAUGGCGGGGCCUCGAGUGAGGGUUCCACCAGCGAAAGCUGCACGGAUCCCGGCGACAGUAUGGUGGACAAGCUGGAGGAUUAUCUCAACAAACUGUGGGCCGAAGAGGUGGCCGAGAAGAAGAACCCGCAGACGUAUGUGGCCAGGACCGUUCCCGAGCCAAGAGAACCCUGCAAGCGCUGCAGGGGUUGA